AUGAUAACAACAACCGAAGCAACAAUAAUAAACGCUACACUAGCUAUCGAUGAUCCCAUGGAAAAGCUAAACUAUUUGAAAGGGAUCUAUUCAUGGCUUAUUCCUAUAAUGAUAAUCAUACUUGCGCUAGCUAUCAUCGGCAAUGGACUCAUCGUAGUGUCAGCACCAUUCUUGUCUUCGCCAUUAGCUAUCAUUGGCAAUGGACUCAUCGUAGUGUCAGCACCAUUCUUGUCUUCGCCAGUCUCUCCAUAUCUUAAACUUUGCAUCAGUUUGGCUGCAGCUGACAUGUGGGCUGCGUCAUUGCUCAUUACAGGCCUAGUGGUAAACUCUUACCUACCUGUUGUGAUUGGAGUGCAAAAGUCAUCGAAAUGUGUUGACGCUUGGUUGGAAAUAUUCCGAGUCUCCGGAAUGCUCACCUCUGAUAUGCAUUUGUUCGCCUUAGCCAUCAAUCAGUUUUUCGGAACCAUGUGGCCUCUAAAGUACAAGGAUUGUGGAUUGUUCCACUUAUAUUUGUGUUCAGCUGGUAAGUUAAUUUUCCUAUCGAACUUUUUCUGCAUUAGUGAAACUGUUUCUGCGUUGUUAAAAAUGUUCGUCUCACUCGAAAACGAUGGACUACGACAUGAGAAAUGCUAUCUCUCGUUCUACAAUCGUUUCCCGUUUCGUAUCACAAUUUUCCUCAUCUUCAUCAUUCCACUUUUUGCAACCUUCGUUAAACAAAACUGUCACUCUAAUGUUUAA